AAGAAGAAAUACUGAACAGAGAAGGUGCCAACCACUCCAAAGAAAGCAGGAUCAGGAUCACCGCUGUUCAGCCAGUACGUCCACCUCUCUCCCUUUCGCGUCUCGUCCGAGGCUCCGAGCUCCGGCCAUCCACCGGCCGAGCGGAUCCGAGGCCUCCCCCGCCUUUCGAUGGGGAAGCCGCCCAAGCUCGCCCUCCCCUCCCACGAGUCCACCAUCGGCAAAUUCUUGACGCAGAGCGGGACGUUCAAGGACGGCGAUUUGCUUGUCAACAAGGACGGCCUCCGCAUCGUCUCGCAGAGCGAGAAAGGCGAGGCUCCUCCUAUAGAGCCGUUGGAUAAUCAGUUGAGCUUAGAUGAUCUAGACGUAAUCAAAGUGAUCGGGAAAGGUAGUAGUGGAAACGUGCAAUUGGUCCGCCACAAAUUUACUGGCCAGUUUUUUGCUCUGAAGGUUAUACAGCUAAAUAUUGAGGAUAGUAUACGCAGACAGAUUGCCCAGGAGUUGAAAAUAAGCUUGUCAACACAGUGCCAAUAUGUUGUCAUGUGCUAUCAGUGUUUUUAUGUCAAUGGCGUCAUUUCUGUUGUUUUGGAGUACAUGGACGGUGGCUCUCUUGCUGAUUUCUUGAAGACUGUGAAAACCAUUCCAGAGGACUACCUUGCUGCAAUCUGUAAGCAGGUAUUACAAGGAAUGAUGUACUUGCACAGUGAGAAGCACAUUAUAUACCGAGAUCUGAAACCAUCGAAUAUAUUGAUAAAUCAUAGAGGUGAAGUAAAAAUAUCAGACUUCGGUGUAAGUGCCAUUAUUUCGAGCUCCUCUGGACAACGAGAUACAUUUACUGGCACAUGCAACUACAUGGCGCCAGAAAGAAUCAGUGGAAAGAAACAUGGUUAUAUGAGUGAUAUCUGGAGCUUGGGGCUAGUAAUGCUGGAAUGUGCAACCGGCGAUUUUCCAUUUCCUCCUCGUGAAAGCUUUUACGAACUUCUUGAAGCUGUUGUUGAUCAACCGCCACCAUCUGCACCACCGAACCAGUUUUCACCGGAAUUCUGCUCGUUUAUUUCGGCCUGUAUCCAAAAGGAUGCUAGUGAUAGGUCAUCAGCACAAGUAUUAUUGGGUCAUCCAUUCCUGAGCAUGUACGACGACCUGCAUAUAGAUCUCGCUUCCUACUUCACUACCGCCGGAUCUCCACUCGCCACCUUCAAGCAAAGGGCGUGACGGCAAAUGCAACCAUGUGUGUCAUCUGCGGGAAGGACUGGUGAACCCUUUGGCAGUUGAUCUGUAGAGCUGUAGCUUACUGACGCGAAUAUUUGAAGUUUUCCUUCUUUUUUUUCCUUUCCGGAAGGCUUGUGGUGUGUAAUGAGCUGUAAUGAUCUUAUAUGUGGCAAAGUUUGUGGCUGGUUCUAUCACUAUACAUGUAGUGAGUGACAUAUAUAUACACAAAUACAAUUCAUCA